AUGUUGAGCUGGAUAGCAGCAACUCUUCUUAUCCUCCCGAUGGUCAAUGGUCAAGCAGUUAAUGUGACAAUAUUCACCGAAUCACAAUGUCCAUACUGUACAAAACUGCUACGUGAACAAAUUUGGCCAUUUUACGUGAAUCGACCGGGAAUUAUGAAUUUGCAGGUGAUUCCAUUCGGCAAGGGGACCUGCGACUACGACUACAAUCGCAACUUCCAUUGUAAAUGUAUGCACGGACCAACGGAAUGCGAUUUGAAUCGAUUACAGAACUGCGCUAUUUCUUAUUUCCCACGCCGACAUCUUGGACUCAUCACAUGCAUUCAAGGACUUUCAACUCUUCGUGAAGCUUUCAGCCGUUGUCUCAGUCGAUUGUCCGUUAGAACGCAAAGAAAGCUAAUCGAAUGUGCCACAACUCAGACGGGUGAACUUCUGAACUACUACUCCAUGGUGAAUACGCAUCGUGCUGGUGUUAGGAUCUGGCCCACUAUGUACGUCAACGGUGUGUUCUUCGAUCGAAGCUAUCCGGUCGAGACCAAACUUUGCGAGCACACUUCGUGGUGCUAA